GCCAAAAUGAAAAGGUUCCUACUGAUGGUUGUGCUCUGUGGAGCACUUUCCUGCGCUUUGCCGAUAGUCCAAGAAAUGGAACACAUUUCAGAAAAGGACAUGGAGUUUGCCACGAAAUACAUGGAAAAAUAUUAUCCUGAAUCAGAGUCAAUAACACCUGACCUAAGAAGACGCAGAAGUACUGACCCUAGUGACAAACUGCAACAAAUGCAGGAAUUCUUUGGGCUGAAAGUGACCGGCAAUCUAGAUCCAAGCACUUUAGAUGUAAUGAGGAAGCCCAGGUGUGGGGUUCCUGAAACAGAAAAAUUCAGCACCUUUGCCAUGUCCCCUAAAUGGGGAAAGAAAGACCUAACGUACAGUAUUCAGAACUACACACCAGAUAUGCAUCAGGCUGAUGUAGAUGAUGCAAUCGAGAGAGCUUGGAAAGUGUGGAGUGAUGUGACUCCCUUGACCUUCUCCAGGGUUUAUGGCGGCCCUGCAGAUAUAGAGAUCUCUUUUGCUGCUAGAUCCCAUGGUGACUAUAUUCCCUUUGACGGACCAGGCGGAGAACUGGCUCAUGCUUAUUCGCCUGCCUUUGGAGGAAAUGCCCAUUUUGAUGAGGAUGAAAACUGGAGUACAGAUUUGCAAGGAACCAACCUUUUCCUUGUCGCUGCCCAUGAGUUUGGCCACUCUCUGGGUCUGGGACAUUCCAGUGUUUGGGGGUCUCUAAUGUUUCCAAUGUACCAUCCUUCGGACCCCAAAUACUUCAGGCUUCAUAGGGAUGACAUAGAAGGCAUACAGUACCUUUAUGGACCCCCUGAAAAUGACAGAGUUUCAUCGGGAACCCCCACGCCGCCACCAAAAAUUCCAACAGUAGCACCGUCCACAGACUCGUGUGACUCUCGUCUGGCUUUUGAUGCUGUCACUACUCUCCGAGGGGAAUCCUUGUUCUUUAAAGACAGUUUCUUCUGGCGAAAGAAUUCCCCAAGUGCAGAGGCUGUAAAAACUCCGAUUUCUGAAUUCUGGCCAGCUUUGAGCAGUGGCGUAGAUGCUGCCUAUGAAGUUGAAGAUGAUGAUACAGUAUUUCUUUUCAAAGGACGUAAGUAUUGGGCUACUAAGGGAAAUAUCAUACAGCCUGGUUUCCCGAAGAACAUCCUCCACUUGGGAUUCCCGGGAAAUGUUAAGAAAGUUGAUGGAGCUGCUUAUGAUGGAUACUCAAAGAAAACAUACUUUUUUUCAGGCAACAAGUACUGGAGAUAUGAUGAAGCCAAGAAUUCCAUGGAGGAAGGUUAUCCAAGGAAGAUAACAGCUGACUUCCAUGGAAUUGGCCCCAAAGUGGACGCUGCUUUUCUAGAUUAUGGACGUUUCUAUCUGUUCAAUGGCUCAAAUCAGUAUGAGUUUGACUACAGAACCAAAAGAUUUCUUGCAAUAAAGAAGAGCAACAGCUGGUUCAACUGCCAGUGA